GGGAGGAGGAAGGAGGGAACCGUGUCGGUGGGAUGGUCCGGAAAUUCUGUGAUAAAAAGAGGGGAGCGGGGGAAAAGUAGGGAGGGUUGUACUCGUUCUCUCCUACCCUGCCCCUGCCCCGGCAGCCCUCAGACGCACGGGCGCCGGCGACAGCCUCUAGGAGACGAGAGAAGCCGCAGCAGGCACCUGCCGCCAGCACAGCACAGCUCAGCUCAGCACGGUACAGCACAGCACCCGCCGCCGAGCGAGAUACACCAUUCCUCUUUUGAUUGUGCCUCUUUUCAGGCUUCCCUCCAAGGAUUCCUGGUCUCUGUGCAUGUGAAGUGUGAAGGUGGGCAGCAACCCUAAGUCAUCACCAUGGAUUUUGUUAUGAAACAAGCUCUAGGAGGGGCUACCAAAGACAUGGGGAAGAUGCUCGGUGGGGAUGAGGAGAAAGACCCAGAUGCUGCCAAGAAAGAAGAGGAACGACAGGAAGCACUCAGGCAAGCAGAGGAAGAAAGAAAAGCCAAAUAUGCCAAGAUGGAGGCUGAGAGAGAAGUUAUGAGACAAGGGAUUCGAGACAAGUAUGGGAUAAAGAAGAAAGAAGAGAAGGAGGCAGAGGCCCAGGCUUCACUGGAAGCUAAUGCUGAAGGAAGUCUGACACGCCCAAAGAAGGCAAUCCCUCCUGGCUGUGGGGAUGAGGAGGAGGAGGAAGAUGAGAGCAUUCUAAACACAGUCAUCAAAUACCUACCGGGGCCCCUCCAGGACAUGCUCAAGAAGUAAUAGUGGCAGACUGUUAGAUGGGCAUACACAGUACUGCAAAGGAUUUCUCUUUUGCCCAAUGGGGAUUUACAGACUUGCCAUCGAUCAUGCAGGCUCCAUCACUUCUGCCCUCUACUGCUCCCUUUGCUUCCCACUCCCUUCUGAUUGCCUUUUAACCUUCCCCUUCCUCCACUGCAAGACUCAUCCAUUCCUUUUUUUUGUACAUAGUCACAUCCAGUAGAUGCCUCUGGAUGGAUGUAAAGAUUAAAAAGCUGCAGACUACACAACUUUUAUUAUAAGCCAUAGUACUAUGUAUGUUAAAUAAGGCAACUCUGCAUUAUUAAGGGUAGACAAGGAACAGCCUCAUGUACAUUUCUGUCCAAAGCAGAAGGAGUGCUCAAAAAGUGUGAACAAUGGCCUCUUUAGCUUUCUUUAAUUCUCCUUUUAUUAUUUUUGAAAAUAAUUAUUAGUCAUUAUUUUUAACAUUCUUGUUGAUUGACUCACACUAGCCAUUUAUUGUUGAAAACAUUUGUCUUUGUAAGGGAUAUCUACAUUUUCCCCUGGAAACAGAGUUUUUCUGUUUUAAUUCCAUCAGUGGCAUAAAUAGCUGACCACUCAGGAAUGAGGAAGAAGUGAGUCAUCUUCCCUUAGAUAUUUGUAGAAGGUAUAUGCCUCAGAAUCUGAGCAAGAGUCAUGUUACUUUGGGAAUGAGCCAUAAACUUAACUGAAAGAGCACAUUUGAUUACAGAGUUGCUAUGUAGAGAGUUGAAAGCACUGAAGAGUGCAUGAUGCCCUGAGAGAGGACCUCCCCAACCACGCUGAAGGUAGUGACAAAGCGCAUGAACUGCUCUGGUUAGCUAACCUUCCUCUUUCUGCCCAGUACCAUAUUCAGCUGUCCCAUUCCCAGCAGUGCUUGCAGGAUGGACCUUCGGUUUCCAUUUGUUUGUUGCGGCUGUGUCCUGCUCACACUUCAUGAAGUGUGUGAGAGAGUGCUGUGUCCUAAAUGUUAGCCAAGGUUCUGGAGAUCCAGGUUAAGGCAGUGAUGUUGUGAACCCUGUGCCUUUUAGCAGCAUCCCUCAUAACAGGAAAAAAAUACUGUAAAAGAGAAGAAAUUUAUUUAUUUUGCCCUCCUCACCCAGUUCUUAUUCAGGUGUGAUGGUCUUCACAAGUAACUUCAACCAUAAGUUUCUACUGAAUGCUAGGUGGAAGUUGAGGAAGCUUGAGUGAUCUACAAUUCAGAACCAGUGUCUAAAGAUACAAGUUAUUUCACUUUGCGUCUACAAACAAGUCAUACUCAUUUAAGUAUAGGCUGCCAAGAGCUUCCCAGAGAAAAGAGAGGGUAAGUUUUACUCUUUCAGAUAAUGUCAGUGAUUUUUUUCCCUAACUUUUGUUUAAAGUAAGAUGUAUGUUUCCCCCCUAAGACUUUAAUGACCCAGAGCACUCUUUAUCUCUGCAGUAUUGAGCAAUUUACCAUUUUCUAGGAAGAGUGUCCUACUCGCCCCAUAUAAAUUCAGCAACUAGUAAUUUCAGUCUAUUUAAGUAAGCCUCAGAGAACUGAAAAUUCGCCAUCACAGAAGCAGCAGCUUUUUUUUAAUGCACUGCCACAGAGGGAACUAAAUCCAACACCCCUGAAAAUUAAAAGGCAGAAGCUGCCUCUUUUCUUCAGCCACUCAUUGGUAGCCAGAUUUUCUAGCCCAGAUCAUACUGACACUCUGACACCGAUGCUUUUGAAAUCACAUGAGUAAUCUCUCUGGUCUGUGUCCUCUAACAUGUAAGUAGAACCCACAGAAGUACA